GAUAUGGACUUUGUGCUCGCUAUCAGACAUACUUAUAAAUAUAUACAUACUAUACAUACACAGUCUCUCUCCCCCUUUUCCCCCGAUGACUUCUGCUACGGAAUCAGUUCGAGCUAGACUACUCGUCGUGUUGCAACAGCACUGAAAUAUUCGUGGAUCAGAGCGCAAGAGUGAGACAGAGAUACAGCCUGCCAUCAGAGAGAGAGAAAAUGCUCGUUCGCAUUAGGUGAAACGCAUGGACGUUUACUUUUCUCCUCUGGAAAUCUCGGAAUAUUAGAUCGUCUUCGCGGAGGGCGAUCCAAUGCUCUUGACGUUCUGAAAUUCACUUGGGGUAGGAAUGCCCAAAAAAAUCUAGUGAGAUGCAUAGGAAUGUGCAACAACAGUAUUACAACUCAUUGUUAAGUAGGACUUGCGAGAACUUGGAAGGUAAGGUUGCGUUGUCAGGCGAUGAAUACAAACAUGGCUACAGUGGAAGCGACACCCUUCAUCCGUACCAUCGAGUGGGAUAUGAUGGACAAGACCAAGUUCUUUCCCUUGAGUAUGUUGUCUUCCUUCUCGGUAAGAUGCUGUCUCUACCCGCUCACUGUCAUAAAGACACGUCUCCAGAUUCAGAGGAGAAGCCAUAUGUAUACAGGUAUGAUAGAUGCUUAUCGAAAAAUUUACAAACUGGAGGGUUUUUCGGGCUUGUAUCGUGGAUUCUGGAUCAGCUCGAUACAGAUAGUCUCGGGAGUCUUCUAUGUUUCGACGUACGAAGGUGUCAGGCAUAUUCUGAACCGAGAAGCCAUGACUUCCCAACUUGAUUCCCGAAUAAAGGCUCUCAUUGGAGGUGGAGCUGCCAGCAUUGUAGGUCAAACCAUUGUAGUUCCAUUCGACGUACUCAGUCAACAUUUGAUGGUGCUAGGUGUCAGCUAUAAACACGGGAAAUUGGCUGUAGAUAAGAUGGGUAUGAAUCCAUUAGGAAUAAGCUUUGAACCUGGCAAAUCUCGAGCGCAAAUUUCGUCAGAAAUAGUGCGACUGAUAUACCAAAGAGAUGGUUUUAAAGGUUUCUAUCGAGGCUAUGUUGCAUCUCUCUGUGCCUAUGUCCCUAAUAGCGCGUUGUGGUGGGGACUCUACACUACUUACCAAGACGAGCUGAUAAGAAUACUUCCUGACUGGGUGUCUCACCUGCUGAUCCAAUCAAUAGCGGCGACUCUGGGAGGCUUCACCACGACCAUUAUUACAAACCCGCUAGACGUAGUUCGGGCUCGACUGCAGGUUCAGCGACUGGACAGCAUGUGCAACGCCUUCCGGGUUUUAUGGCUCGAAGAGGGUCUGCAUAUGUUCACCAAAGGUCUGUCGGCAAGACUCGUCCAGUCCGCCUGCUUUAGCUUCUCCAUCAUCCUCGGCUACGAGACCAUCAAGCGGGUCAGCAUCCACGAGGAAUACAGGAAUUACGUAAGGUGGUGAAUCGACGAAUUUUUGUAUACUCUGGCAGACGACAAAGUUGCACGUUGUUAUUAUGUAUGCGUGUACACCCAUUCGGUGGGUGUUAUGAUUCUUUCUUAUCUCGACUCGACAAGAGAUGCGACAGAAGAUGUGGACUCAUCUUACGCCGGACGAAUUCAAAACUUUGUUUCGCAAUGCAUUACCAGAGUAUCAUUCCAUUACUUAGAUUUUUAAUUGACCGAUUCACUGGCAGGAUAUGUAUGUAUGCUGGAAAUACGUAUUAUGAAUUUUGAAUUUUUCAAUAGAAAUCAGACGAGUUUUGGUUACUACAAACAUUGAUCUCGUUUCAGAGGAAUACAUCGACCGAGAAAAUUUGUUAAUUUGUGCUUUUUGUGUAAAUAGUACAUGUGACUAUAUGUAUUAUAAAUACAUGUAUACGUAUCGACGUUGGUUUAUAAAUUUGAUUAUAAUAUUACGUUCUAGUUACAUUUAUACGCGGCUGUAUAAACUCUUGCGCGGAUGUAGCAUAGGUAGUUAGAAAAUUGAAACGAAAUGCGCAUAGCAUUCAACCAUCAAAACUUAAUAGUUAUGACUUGGAUAAAGCGAAUAAUUUUGUAUAACCUGCUGUCAAUCAGUUAACCAAGUAAUUUUUUGUUACUGUCUUUGUAUUGAUAGGAAAAAUAUUUAUGACUGCAAUUGAUUGAUACAUCAAGUAUAGUACAAUUUCGUAUAGAGUCAGUAGGGAAUAUUGUCUUAAAAAGAGUGUAACUGUUCAGAGUAAGUUUUAGAACUUACUAUAGAAACUAUCUAUCUAUUAUCACUAGCAAUGAGUAAAUCGGUAAAUCAAAAGUAAAAAAGGCGUGAGGGCGACACGUUGAGAAAUGAUAAGUUUUGCAAGUAUACAUGAAGAAACUCAGCGUUUGCAUCAUCCUGUAUAGUUUUCACAUCAAAGUACAUGAUAUUGUACAUAAAUAAAGCUAUGAUUUAUUGUUCAUGUAAAAUAGUGAACAGAACCGAUAUUAAAUUAAAUGAUUCAGUGCGCUGAGCGCCUACAAUAUAAUAUAUUAGAUUCUACGGUAGUGUUUGUAUAAUGAUUCAGGCAAAUUGUGAUUUGUGGUACUAAUAUAUGUUAACUAAUUGUUAAAAAACUGGUUCAUUCAGAAUUUCAUAUGCUUGAACGUAUGUGUGCGCGCAUUUGUAAGAGCAGAACAAUUUGUAAUUGAUGAUUUUUUACGCUCCAUCUAAGAGCUGAAUUUUGGUAGCUUUUUAAAGUUUCAAUAAUAUUAUAUAGCUAGUCAUAUGAAAUUUAAAUUUCUGACGACAAUACGUAUGCAUUAUUGUCUUUUUGACAAAACGAUCCUCUGACUCAUUCAAUUAUUUUUAAUAUUUAAUAUUAGAAAGUGUAUAAGGAUUAUAUUUAAUGUACACGGACGAACAUAAUACAUGAAGACAAGCAGUUCCACACUUCUAUGUAUAUAAUUAUAUGCAUAAAUCAUUAAUAUAAAGAUGAAACAAAUGUGUAAGACAUAAAAAAAGAAAUAAUAAAUGUCUCGUGAAAAAAUAAAA